UUGACGUAGUUAAUUAUUCACCGAGUUAGUGAAAAGCUAUCGCAUUAAAACGACAAGUACUACACUUACAUAUACAAGGAGGAAUUUCGCUCGCUAAAUGAUGAGAAGAAUGAAAAUUUCGUCUAUAAUAUUGUUACUUUUUUCCUUCUGCUUCUUAGCUUCAUUUGGGAGAGACUUCAAAGAUACUUUACCAAAGUCCCUAAGAUUCGAGCAUUCUCGAUGUGUGUUCAGCAUAAAAGAAGCGCACAACAUUGGUUUGACACAUCAUAGGCUGAAGACACUUGGCUGCGGAACCAAUGGCAUCUCUUUCCACGCUCAACUUGAAGGAACUCCGUUUCGAAUUGAUCCGUCAACGGGAAGACUUGUCUUGAAGAAGAGGUUGGAUUUUAUGAAGCAAAAGCAGUACAAUUUUAUGGUCCGUGCAGUAGCCGACAACGACAAAUGCAAGAAAGAAAAAGCGAUUACAUGGGUUGUCGUGAACGUGCGUCAACACAACCAAUAUCGACCACAAUUUACUGCUGAUAAAUAUUACUGUCGUAUACUGGAGGAAACAAGUCACAUAAAAGUUUUUCCUCCGAUCAAUGUCACCGAUCGUGAUCCUGGACCUGCUGGAAAGAUCUCACAGGUUCAGGUUCGAGAGAGCAACGAACCUUUUGUUUUAGAGCUUGAUGAAACCACAGGUGCAGUGACAGUCAUGCCAACGCCAGGUUACAAAUUUGAUUCCACCCGUAUGUCAUCGUACAAGUUCUCCCUGCAGGCUUGGGAUGGGGGUGACCCUCCUCGCAAUUCACGUCCAAUAAAGAUGAAUUGUAUUGUCGUGCCUCAGAACAGACAUUCUCCCGUUUUCACCACGAACACGUAUAUUGGUCAUGUAAAACAAGGGAAAAUCAGCUCGAAUAUUGUUCAGGUCAAUGCAAAGGAUGCUGACACAGAUAAAGAUUUUGGUAAAAUAUGCGAAUACUUCAUUCGUACUUCAGACAUGCCAUUCAAAAUCAACAAAAAGGGUGUUGUCAGUCUCUCCAAGCCUCUUGGUCCCAGUUCUCCGGAUACAUUCGUCUUCACAGUCAUGGCUAAAGAUUGCGGUGGAAGAAUGUCAGAAGAGGCUACUACAGUUAACGUGAUUGUUGACAAGGAAUGCUCUCCAGGUUUCGUGGAACCACAUAACAAAUCACUAUCACUAAAUGGCUGUGAAGGAAUGGUCCGAGUCACACCCGACAUCCGUUUGAACGUAUGUGGAGAGACUCUAAAACACGCGAACUUCUCAGCUAAAGUUACCAUGGAAACGGAACACAUACUGAAAGGCUGUGACCGCGAAACAUACGAAGCAUCUGGAGUAUUCAAAUUGUGUAACGUCAGUCAAACUGUUGAUUUGUUGCCUUCUAGCUACCGUGAAGGGACAUGGAUGGAUGGAAUUAUGACUGAAGAAUCGAUCAUAGGUGAGAACGUUUAUCAUUUCAACAAGAUUGCUGUAAAUAUUCCAUCAGAAGUUCUUCAUUACACUGGUGAAGAGAGCAUGACUCUAUCUACGUGGUUAUGGAUGAAUAGAAAGGAUCAACAACAGUAUAUCUUAGCAGCCACGGAUCCCGUGCGGCUAGAUCGAAAGCACUUUGGCCUAUACACUGAAGGUGGAAAGUUGGUGUUUAUCCAUCGUCAAGAAAAUGAAGCAACGAACAAAGACACCUGUCAGUCUGUUUUUGUGUGGAAACCUGAGAUAUUUGACAAACACUGGCAUCAUGUAUUGAUCACUGUUGAAGGAUGUGAAAUGGCCAAAUUAUACGUUGACGCCGAGGAGGUUAAAUUGUCAAAUGUGAAAGAAAAUUGGCCAUUGCAUGGUACAAACAUGGCUAAACGCAUUGUGGUUGGUGCGCGUUGGUUAGGACGCGAGCAGAAGUAUGUUGAUUUCUUUAGUGGCUAUCUCGCUGGAUUGAGCGUUAACUUUGAGGAAUCCGUGAAUGAAAAGUCAAUCAAGUGCGUUUAUGAAUGCAAAGAGCACAUCAAGAUAGACAGCCCUGCUCCAAGCGGUUUUACAGUAACUCAAAAAGAUCACAAAAUGGUUGAGAUUAAUGGUCAGGGCUCACCGAAGACCUUCGAGAAAAUUCUUCAUGAUCUCGUUUACAUAAACACUCGAAGAUCUCCCACCGAGGGUCGACGACCUCUACAGAUCAAGGCAACUAUCAACCAGCAACCGCUGCCCAUGCUCAACCUUCAGGUCGCUGUUUCAUCUGGUGCAAAGAAUCCCAUUGAAUUAUCUGGCGGAAUGCGAAAGGUGAUCAGCCUUCAUGAAUUGGAACGUUAUGGUAUUCGAAUUGCAGAAAGGUUAUCAAUCACUGCCGACAAGUGUGCGAAGUAUAUUGACUCUGCUCGAAUAGAAGUUGAUCCACCUCUCACGAAUUUUGAGUCGCUUGUCAGUGCUGGACCUCUUCUCAAUAUGUUGCAUCUAAAGAAGCAGGUUCUUAAGGGAAAGGGCCUCGUUAUUACUGGUGUGGCGACUUUGCAGCAGUACACAAAUGUACUUCGAGAGAUCGUCUUCGUUCACUCGGAUGUGAAGCAACUCAAAGAUCCAUCUACAGUUGUCCAUCAUCGAUUUAAGUUCACAGUCUCCAAUCUCAAAAAUCGCCACGUCAGUAAUGUUAUGCAAACCGAACUGACUACCGACCAAAGUCCUCCACAGUAUGACAUGCAGCCUCUUCAUCGUCCUCAAAAGGGGGAAUUACGCGGACACGUGCAGAAACCAUUUACUUCUUCGCCGAGUACUUCAUUCUUUGUCGCUAUUGGUCUCAUCGUAGCUGCAUCUUGUGUGUUCGUAUCCAUGAUAAUAGUGGUCGCUUUCAAUUUAAACAGAAAAAAGAAUGUUUAUGUCGAUGUUCCAGUAGAGGAGGGUGAUGAAACCAUAGAUGAAAGCCAAUGCGUUGAAGAAAACAAGAAAAUGACGGUUACGGUAAAUCCAUUGGAAAAAUUUGAGACUGAGGAUCAUGCAGGAUCUCGUGGAUCAAAAAAUCCGAAGACUUUGGAAUGGGAUGACGCUUACAUCGCUUAGAGUCCAUUGCAUCUUCUUAUCCUUGUGUAGUUUGCUUAAUGCUUUCGAAUCUGUUAGCGCAUCAGUUUGAUGGUGCAGGUGUCUUAAUAUGUAUUAGUUAUUGACUGGAAUAACUAGUUCUAUAGCUUUAGUUUUGAAAGAUGUCAAACCUAAUUGUUUAAGUUAAAGUACUUUUUUUUUGCAUCUAUUUUUACGAGAGAUUUGUGUAUGUAUUAAAUGUAUUAAUCUUCCUUUGAA